AGCUGCGGGUUGCGGGUGGAAAGGUGGACUAUGAGAGAGUUCGGUAGCCUGGUCUGUCCCGCACGCCGCGACACUGUCUUUGGAUGCGCGUCACAGCCGUGCAGACGGCUCAAGUUGAAGUUCUCAUAAGCUUUCAAAAGGGGCUUAAAAGCCGUUACCUGACGCGCCUUUUUUAUUUGUGCUUUGCUGUGGGGUGCACUUUGGAAACUGUUCUGGAGGCGCAAAACUGACCUGUGCAACAUAAAGGAAAGGAACUUUUUAAUAAAAGAAGUUAUUUGCAAAACCAGGGGAGGUCUGGCACGGCGAUUUACAGUCUUUACACUGCAGCAAGAUCGUAAAAAGCGACAGAGCAUAAAGUGGAGACGACUGGGUGCUGGAGUUAGAGUUGCGGAGCCGCCCUCGCUGGGGUUAAACUGCUCCCGGACUGUGAGACUGUCCCGCCCCGCUCAGGUCGCACACUCGCCGGCAUGGUUGAGCAGACGAGCACCGCGGAAAGCGCCGAGACUCUACUGGCGGGGGACUCUACCGAGCCCGGGGAUGGUGACCUGGAGAUGGCCGCGUCCCCGGUAUCGGCGGGGGACAAGCUGGACGCCGCAUGGUGCAAGACCCCCAGUGGACACAUCAAGAGGCCGAUGAACGCCUUCAUGGUGUGGUCGCAGAUUGAGAGGCGCAAGAUCAUGGAGCAGUCGCCGGACAUGCACAACGCCGAAAUCUCCAAGCGUCUGGGCAAGCGCUGGAAGCUGCUGAAGGACAGCGACAAGAUCCCCUUCAUCCGGGAGGCGGAACGGCUCCGGCUCAAGCACAUGGCCGACUACCCGGACUACAAGUACCGGCCGAGGAAGAAAGUCAAGUCGGGCUCCUCUAAGUCCGCUGAGAAGUUGGAGAAGGUUUGCGGGACCAAGCAGCCCUUCAGGAAGACUGGCGGCUCCAAGUCCUCCAGCCGGGCGCCGAAGCCGGCGGGCGUUAAAGCUGCUGCCGCCGACCCGGCGCCCCAUGCGGUCCCGACAGACCACCACUCCCUCUACAAGUCCCGGUCCGUACCGGCCGCCAAGCUGGUCGCGGACAAGAAGACUAAGCGGGUGUUCGUAUUUGGGGGCGCCGGCGGGGGUCCAACCUCGGCAGCUGUUCCGGCCAGCCCGACCCUCAGCAGCUCGGUGGAAUCCGGCGAUCCACCGAGUCUUUACGACGAUGGAGCAACGGGAACCGAAGGCGGUACGGAUCUCGGCUUCCGCUCCCCCAGCGUGCGUGCGCCAUCGCCGGCCCCCUCCGCCGCGCACUCCUCCUCCUCGUCUUCCUCCCGCUCCUCCUCGUCAUCGGACGAGGAAUUUGAGGACGAGCCGCUGGAGUUGAACCCAAGUCCCGGUUUCGACGGCAUGUCGCUGGGGAGCGUCGGCUCAGCAGUCCUAGACCGGGACCUGGACUUUAAUCUGGGCUCGGGCUCCCACUUCGACUUUCCCGACUACUGCACGCCGGAGGUGAGCGAGAUGAUCUCGGGGGACUGGCUGGAGUCAACCAUCUCUAACCUGGUGUUCACCUACUGAGCAGGGACGAAGAUGAUGAUGAUGAUGAUUUUGAUUUUAAAAUGUUAGGAAUGAAAUCGUCACUCUUGGAUCAGGACGGAAAGCGCCUGACGGGGCCGGUUCGUUUCCAGAACCGAGCCCAGGAGUGGGAGCAGCCUGCCGGUGUGCCCGAUUGCCGGAGAGACAGAGCGCCGACGGGCGGCGCUCCUGUGCCGAACCGCAGCUGGAGGAGGAGGAUGAAGGCCGGAGCCGCUUAAAGCCCCGUUUCGGCCACUUUUUAUUCCUUGUGGACUUUCGGUACUAACCGGGACGUCCGGGUUUAGUGCAGCGGAUUGUCCCCGCACCCGGACACGCGACAAUGUGACUCGUUUUUAGGGUUAAUUUCAGCCUGAUUCGUGCGCGAAAAGAAAAACCAGCAGCCCCAAAACUUCAGGAUCCUACUUCCUCACACUACAAUUCAGGACCAACCCCCCUCCUGGGAUUUUUACUUUUUUCUCCGCCGUUUCCCCGUAUUUUCCCACCCGGUUUUGUUGUGUAACCGGAUGCCGUUUUUAUAUGGAUGUAUUUAUACUGGCCGUUAUUUUUUACCGACUCGUUUCGUUCCCGUAGUCUCGUCCAAGGGCUAGCGUUACCAGUUUUUUUAUUUACAUUUUCCAGAUUCUGACACAUGAGAGAUUUUAAAUGGUUCGUUUAUUUUCUAAGUGUAUUUUUGUACAAAAAUUAUAUGAGCGGGGCGUCUGUCAUAUGGCUGUUUGUAAGGGCCCCCCCGGACCAUGUUUACAGCCCGGUGCCCUCCGCACUUCACUCUCUUUGCCUAAUAAAGAUACUGUACUUUUUAAUGGACAGCUUUAUUUCACCUUUUUAUAAUAAUAAUAAUAAUGAUAAAAGCAGUUUUUACCACUGGAUGGAACCUGUCUAUACACUCGAAAUGCCUACCUGCAUACACAGCUGUACUGUGUGUUUCAUAUUGUAUUCAAAUAUUUAAUCUUUUCUACUUGUCUGCUAAAAAAAUAGGUAAUUGUUUUAGUAUCUUAAGGCAUGGUGAAUAGAAUUUGUAUUUCUGAUUCAGGUUUAAGUAGAGCUGUUGUGUUUUUUAAAAAAAACAGAGGAUGGACCAUCUUUGUACAUUUAGACUGUAUUAUAACAACAAUCGCGUGUUUGUGUGUUGUUCAGACCUUGACAGGCACUGGGACAUCUAUCUCUUUGCGUCUUUACAUUUUAACGUGGCUCCCGGUUCACUUUUUUAUACGGCCUUUUUAAUGACGAACUUUCCCAUUCUGUGCAAUAUGCUGUGAAGAUGAGUGUUUCUUUGCCCUUUCGUACCACGUCAGCAUCUGAGCAAAAACUCAAAGCGGUCAGUAAUAUCAAGUUACUGCCUGUCACAUUUUCUGUAAAUAGCUUUUUUCCCCCCUGAGACGGAAAUAAAAUCAGCUGGAACUGAA